UCAUUUACCAUUUAUGUGUAUGUAUAUUUCCUUCAUAGUAAACUCGGAAAUGUGAUUCAUUCAAAAACUAAAUCGAACUAAACUAAAAUUUCAAUACAUGAGUCACAAUCGUAUUGUUGUACAUGAAUGAAUACACGAGCCGACAUCCUCCGCCCCUACCACUGGUUCCCCGGACCUGCAGUGUGUCCCCCACACGCAGCACUACGUCACCAGCGUCUUACAGUACUGCGCGGGGACGCGGCGCGGCCGCACGUCUACACACCAAUCACACAGUUACGGACAUCGAGUCGAGUGAAACCAGUGACAAUGAUACAAGUGGUAGUGCUCACUCUCGUCGCCACGAGCUCCGCUUUCACGACACACAGAUACGACGCCUACGACAACUACCGCCCCAUCACCACUCUGUUCAGUGACAUCUUCACGUACGGAGCAGGCGACGCAAGGAGAUUGAUGCAAGCGUACGACAACCCGAGGCGACACAACGAUGUCAGGGUGGAGCACAACCAGCGACCCGGCGGAGGACGAAUGGAUACACAAUACAACUAUUGGAAUCCUCACGAGUGGAGCAACAGGGAGGUCCCGUGGAGUGCAGUAGUCACUGAACCUGCGAGCAUCGUGCACAGGUUCAAGCCUGUGAACAGAGACGAUGCCACCAUGGUCCCAAGUACUGAACGAGAGCCAGCAGAGCAAGAGGAUACAGGUGCAGACACCAACCAAACGGACGGAAUGGGUGAUAUAAAUAGAACACAAGUAGUCAUAAAUGACCCGCAACUUAGCAUACAAUCAGGUGACGCAAACCGCACCGUAAUUAAUGAACAACAAAUUACUUGGAAUAAUGAACACAACAGGCCGCUUCAAGACAAUGCUAAUAUUACUACGAGGAGCAUUAAUUCCAACAGUAAUUAUAGUAAUUCGUUGCACUUCAAUGAUGUACCUUCUAAGCCGAGCCUCGAUAAUCAGAACAACUCGACAAAAACAAAUGACGAAGUAGCUAGCAGAAGUGGAGCUGCUCAGCAUAACGUUACUGACGAGGAGAGGAGUAACAACACACAGCGCAGUGACGUGUCCACCACGAACGAUGUGGACGACGACAGGUGGAUCUGGAGCAACGGCGAGGAUCCGAAGGUGGAGACCGUGACCGUGGGGCUGGACGACAGGGCCGCGUUCGAUGGAGUGGCCUGUCCCGUGGGCAAGGUGAAGGUGGGCACCAUGUGCAUCACGCCGGACUGACAGCAGGCGCGGCGGCCAGGGAACAUUAACUACUGGUGCAGCUCGUAGAGGGCUCAGUGGAGCCAGUGCAGUCGGUGAUGUCCUGUAUACUCGGUAGUGUGGGGCGGCACGUAGCUCGCAGUAUUAUGAAAGUGAUCGGAUUGGCGAGCGAGGUCAACGUCCCCGCGGACUUUCGUACAGAGGUUGUAACAUUACUGUCGGUGACACUGUUAGCUUCGGGUGUUGACUGCGUGCGUCUAUUGGUAGUGGGACAUGGAACAUUGUGGUGGAAGGUGAACUCUUGUAGGGUACUACUACUGUUAAGUUAUGAUUGACAAGUUCGUAACAUUGUAAUGUCUACUGUAAGCCCAACAAGCGAGAUAUUUGUUGUUUAACAAAAAGUAGUACAUAAACACACGAGGCGAGUUAUCUGAGGUCACGCUGUGGCGACAACACAUUUAUUACAAUUUGAGGUCAUGAUGUUUUUUGUUCACAAAAUGAAAGUCAGUAAUAAGUAAUAUUGAUGUAUUUGUCGAAGAAGUAAGCAAAGGUGAUGUUGAGAGGUUUAAUCAAUUUUCAGUUAGAAAAAAAAAUGUUUCGAACUCCAACCACGUGUCAGCCGGCGUGCUCUAGCCAAAGAGAUAGAUAAGUUCUUAGUAGUUAGUAAUAAAUAAGAUAAAUUGUAAUAAUGAUAAUCUUUGAACUCAUAGAGCACAGAGAAUUGGUAUAUAACUCACACAUCGGUAGCUUGUAUUAUUUACGUGGUACCUACAUGUGUGUGAAAUUCGUAUAAUUACAACCAAAAAAUAUAUCGAUGCCUUCCGGUCGAAAGAAAUUAUGCGGAAUCAGCUAAUUGUACCCAAUCGAAUGAUGUGUAUAACACAAUAUCGCAAAAAUUGUCGCCUGACCAUCUUUUGGCCGGAAGGUAUCGAUAUGUAGGUAUGUAAAAAAAUCAGGUUCAGGCAUGAAUAGUGCAAAAUUGUAUAUCAAUCCAUUAAAAAACACAAUAAUAUUGAUUCUCCCCAAUCCAAUUUCUGCACUUAAAUAGCUAUGAUACGACUGUACAUAGAAGCUGUGAGCUACUUGUCAACGCUCACACGUACAAACAAUGGAGUUUGGUGGAAAUAUCUCAACGUAGUGUUCAAGGCCAGUUCCAUAUAAUAUACCUAUGUAAUGUAAACACACCAGCACAAGCUACACAUUAAUGACCAAAAUCUGUGAUACAUGUUCAACCUUAUUGUUAUGUAGAUAAAGUUUAUUAAAGUUUGACUGUGUGGGAUAACUUGAUGUGCUUCUGUCUGUGAUGUGAGUGUGAUGAUACUGAUUGUCAACAUCAUGGUCGGAAAUACUUAAGUAGGUAGGUAGGUAUGUGUAAUUAUGUACAUAAUAUAUUUUUUUUUACUGAUGAAUCUAUUAGUCCAUGUAUGGCUAGUUUGCUGUUGGUUAAGUAAACUCUAAUAAUGAAAACGUGGCUUUAAAAGUCGACAAAAAAACCAUUAUUGUUGUAUUUUUAACAGUCAGGGUCAAGGGAGAGAAAAAAAUCUUGACUUUAGGUUUUGGUUUUGUUAUAAAAAAUAAGUACUUCUUUCAAGUAAAACAUGGAAACGUAACAUAUUGUAAUUGUAAAACAUUUCUAAGAAAAUCCUUGUUUAUAAUACAACUUUCGUGUAUACUAAAUUAAUUAUUAUGUUUUUCGGCUUACUCAUAUAAGUAUUUGAUGAGGAACCGGUAAAAAGUUACCAGUAAUUAUGCAUGCAGCCUGAAAGCCUGGGAUCGAGGCAGGUGUUUGGGUGUUUGGAAAUCGAGUCACGCCCAAUUUUCUGUAACUUUUAAUAUUUAUAAAUUAAUAACCGAUCCAUAGAUUACGAUCGAUGUUUGAUACUAGUUGUAUUCAGUCAAAAACAGAUCUACUGAUUUUGGAUUAAGAUCGAAUAUUGAAUGCGACUAUUAGCUUUUAUUGCCUUGUUAACGUGGAACGUAUAAAUGUACAAAGUUCAAGCUUUAAUAUUACGUACAAAUUGUGAGGUUCAAGUAAUAAAAUAUUGUGGAAACAAACGUA